GUUUAGUAAAGACAUUGCUGUGUGAAGAUCUGCUUUACUGAAUCAUUUUAAACAGGUAUAACGAUUUCACCAUAACCAUGUACAGUAUACAAAGAAAACACAAACCUUAAACUGUCACUAUGUUAUUUUUAAUUAUGAUACUUUUUCCUUAUAGAUUUAAAUUUUGUCCACGACUGUUGUUAAAUUUGUCUGCAGUAAGUAUAGACAGUACAUUCUGUGGUUAUUUUAUAUGGCUUCCUGAACGAACAUGCGGAAAUCAAAAAUAUUCGAUGGCUCUUCAGUAUUAAACAAUGUCAAUUAAUGCAUUAAUCUUUCUAAGCAGCUGGGACAUUUACGUCUUUUACUCGGGCUAAUGCAUGUUGAAGUUAGGUUAUACCACCAGACGAUGUUGUGUGUCCAAAGGUUACAAUCUCUUAAUUAUUUCGCAAAUUUCACAAACAAAUUUGUAAUGUUUUUCAAGUUGUAACAAAAAGAGUACAUACGAGAAAAGGCUUGUCUCGAGAGAUAAGAAACGAAAUAUAAUAUUAAUAAGAUAGAUAGGUAGAUAGAUAGAGUAUGAAACGUUAAGUUGUUAUAUGUUAAGUUGUGCAAAUCACUCCUAAAAAGUGUUGGUGAUGUUUUUAUUUUUUGUGAUUCUUUUAUUUUUCAAGGAUUUUUAAAAAAAAUUUUUCAAAACAUUUUUUUCUUUCCAUUCUCUUUUAAAUUCACUCCUAAAAGUGUACGGACUACUGAGACAAAAAAAUCAUGUUAUUUUUUUUUGUGAUUUUUAAAAUUUUUAUUUUGAUUUUUUGUGCUUUUUUUAAUUGAGGGUGUACGUGAUUCAAAUCAGUGAUUUGCCCAUCGGUACACAAGUACUUAAAAGCUAGAUCGACUAGCCGUAUUAAAAAUGAGUUCGUUUCAGUUGCGUAUUAUACAUGAACUACAUGCAGAUUAAAAAAAGCAUUCUUAAAUCUUGAUUGGUCUUAAAAUUAGGACUAAACAUUAGUCUUCGAUCAUCGCAGACAAAUUUCUGACGAGUUCACUGGAGGCAAUAAGUCAUACAGAUGUAUAUAAAUAUAUAUAAAGACAUAUUUAAACUACUAAACUUAAUUUCAUGUACUAACUUAUCGUAUGUAUAGCCAUAGGUUAUAAGAUACUAAAGAUAAUUAUUAAGAAAUAACGCAUCUCAUGUAAGGGGAGAUAACGAGCAAAAUUAUAAAGCCGCCCCCAUUAUAAUUUGUCUAUAGGUGGCCGGAGUAUUGUUACAUAUUGCAUGGUGGCCGGAGUAUUAUCAUGCAUACUGGUGGCAUAAAAUGAUUAAAUCCUACACAUGUGUGUGUAUUUCCCACACCGGCAAUAUUUCCAUUGUGUGAAUAUCUACUUCACUGAAUCAUUUUAAAGAGGACUGAAACCGUGAAUUUCUAUAAUCAUGUACAGAUACAAAGAAAACACAAAACUUAAACUGUAACAUAUAUAUGUUCUUUUUAUGACACUUUUUCAUUGUUGAUUUAAACAUUGUGUGCACACCUGUUGUUAAAUUUGUCUGCAGUAAGUACCUAUAAUGUUUAGGUUAGGUAACUUAGGUUAGGUUACCACAGACGACAAUAUCUUAUUUCACAAACUUCACAAACAAAUUUUUAAUAAUGUUUUUCAAGUAAUUGAAACAAAAAGAGUAUAUAUAUGCGAGAAAGGGCUUGACUCGAGAGAUAAAAAACAAAAUAUAUUAUUAAAAUAUGCAGACAUAUAUAAACUACUAAACAGACUAAACUUAAUUUCAUGCAUAUUAACUGAUCGUGCGCGUAUAUAGGUUAUAAGGCACUAAAGAUAUUAUUAAAUCAGCAGCUAUACUAACUGAAUUCAUGUAUAUAUAUAAGAGAGGAGAGUAGCAAGAGAUACAAGCUAACAAGACAUAAUGCAUCUUAUAUAUAUAAGGGGGAGAUAAGGAUAAAAAAGCAGAAAAAAGCCCCACCAUUAAUUUGUCUUGGUGGCCGGAGUAUUAUUUUACUGGUGGCCGGAGUAUUAUUAUACUGGUGGCAUAAAAUGAUUAAAUCCUGCAGAUAUAUUGCAGUGUCAUUAUUAUCUAGAGUUUAGUAAAGACAACAAUUCCAUUGCUGUACGAAGAUCUAUACUUAAUCAGUACUGAGUCAUUCUUAACAGUUUAUAAUAAUUUCUAUAACCAAGCAUACAUUUAUCACUUAUUUACUGAGACCGAGGGAAACAGUGUGUUUUGUGGACCCGAGACCGCCGUUGUUUUGAAGUGUUUUGUUAUAUAGUAUAUAAGUGUCAAAGUAUGAAUAAUUCAUCGUGAACUUAAUUUGAAACCAAAACUGGAUAAAUAGAACGCCGUAAAUGUUUAGUAAAAAGUUUUAAAAAUGAACUUUGGAACUUUAUGGUUGACACGCAUGCGUAUUGCACCCAUUUUAUUAUUGACCGGUCAAUAAAUGUUUGAUUGCGGACCGGUUGCCGAACAUGACGUUUUGUGGACCGGCACGUGACACGGUUUUGACCAAUCGGCAAACAGAAAAAUUGAACUUUAACACGAACUAUAUAACAAGUAUGUAUAUAAAGAAAUGAAAGCAUGCGACCCAAAUAUAAUUUUUGAAAUGUGUACAUAACAUUUGGGUCAUUCUGAGAAGAAAUGUGAUGUAUCUUUAUAGCUAGUACAAAACCUCAUCUUGAUCAACUUUUUCACUGUGUCAAAGUUCCAGAUAUAGAUGUCAUUAGGUGAAUUUUUGGUAAAAAAAAACAAAGGAAAACUAAUUUGCAAUUCAUGCACCAAAUGACAUCAUGUCCAGAAACUUUGACAGUGAAAAAGUUGAUCAAGAUGGGAUUUUUUAUUAUAAAGAUAUGUUACAUUUCUUCUUCGAAUGACCCAAAUAUUAUUACAUAUACCAAAAAUCAUAUUAGGGGUAUAGUCGCACUUUAAGAAAAUACAUCACUUUAUUUUGUUUGCUUACUCUGGUUUCAACUUGAUUCCAUGGAAAUAAUAAUCUUUUUGAACGAGGGGCAAAUCACUCCUAAAAAGUGCCUGAGAUAAAAAAUGUCACGUGAUUGUUUUGUGAUGUUAUAUAUAAUCAUUAAAUCUUACACUGGUAAAGUUUAGUAAACAAUAGGAUGAACUAGACAACAACUUUUUAUUACUGUCAGAUAUCGAUACUCUAUUCUUAACCUGAUCAUUUUUAACAGCAAAUAACAGGUAACAAUCUCUAAGAUCAUAUAGUAUAUAGCUGACGAGUUUUCUACAAAAGAUGCAUCAUGUAGUACAGACAAUAAUUUUGCAAGACACAAAUGCACAAAAGGCCAACAAAUAUCUAGUUGACUACUAGUGAGAGCGUGAUGUACUGGCUAAGAGAUCUGCCCUUAGCAUGGCCAGCUUCGCCUAUUACUUCAACAUUUUCAUUGUUCCAUCUAGCCAGAAUCCCAGUUGUUGCAUGCUUCCGAAGGCGAAGUUGCUCGCUGAAUUGCAUGAAAUGGAAAUGCUAUAUAUGUAUAAUUGCAUUAGCCGCGAAAUGGACUGGGUUUUUAUAAGGUUCUUAUUUAACAUACAACAUAUUUUUUAGCGAUGACUGGUGAUAAAUUGGCAAAAGCGUUCGGUUUCCUGCUGAUGGUCGUCGUUGUAUGUUCCAAGCAAAUUCCUGAAGAGCAACAUUCAACCUAUCCGGCGACAGAUGAAGCUCAUUUCACGAGUCAUGAAUACCACGACGAAGACGUCUUUAAUGUUGGAGAGAGGUCGAUUCGUGCAGCGGCCCGACCGCUAGAAUACCCAGGUGGCACCACAAAUAACAACAAGCAAGUGACAUUUCACAUGAAUUAUGAUGCGCAAAUCGCCAACCGUAAUCAGCUCCCCCGAGAUGUAAGAACCGACCUAGAUAGGUUCAUGGGUAGUAUUACUGCAAAUCAGUUUUUACUCAGAAUGCGGGGACAUUGGCCAAUUCACCUGCGAGGAAUUUCCGCCUUGACAUGCAAGGGAUGGUGAGAGUGAAUGGUCAGCAUUACCACAACUUGCAGGUGCAACGAAACGGGGUGUCACGUAAAGAUAAGGGAGUUACGAGUACUACAUACGCUAAUGUGUUAGUUCCACGGAAUGCCAAUGGGCAACUGACCAACAAAGUUGUUCGUAGGGCCUUUUACGAUAGUUCCAACGGCAGCGCUGCGGUGAGGCUUGAAAUUGGAAAUAGAGUAGCCCAGGGACACAGGCGACCUGUAUAGAACAGAAAAUAUUAUUGUGCUACAUAUCAUAGCAUUGUUGUAAACAACGCGCAUGAUAACUUCGAAAACAACACUGUUCCCGUGUAAUAUUAAAGAAUAUAAUAAAUAUCGUAGCCUUGGA